GACUGUAAGAUGCACCAGGCAAGCGGGCAGCGGCUGGAAACUACAGCGUAUGAACAAGAACCGGGACAACACAGUGGCUGUUUAUGUAUUUGACAACCACACACACACACACACAUUAAAGCAUCAGACAGUCACAAUCACACACAUCAAUAAAAUACUUCUUCAAAGCCGAUACAUGACUAGAUUGGAGCAUGUCAGCCUAGCAUGGUCUUCUACUCCCGGGACUGCUACACGUUAUGGCAUUUAUCUCAAUCUUUUUGGAUGCUCUUCCCACGACUGUCUGCCGGAAAAUCGUGCUAAUGCUCUGCUCGCUGAUGAUGUCCUUGUACUUGUUGUAUUAUCUAACGGAUCUCUGCCACACCAUGUCCAGCCCCGUCCGUAGCUCAGAAGAGGAGAGCAACCUGGCCGGAGACUUUGGCGAGUGGCAGGCGCUCCGCAGGAAGAGGCUGCUGCAGAAACUGCAGAUGCAGGGCUAUCUCAACGGCGAGCUCCCCGAAAAGUACUUCAGGGAACUGAGGCUGCAGUUGCAGCCCGCCAACGUGAAGCAGCAGGAGAGGAUCGGCAGGUCGCUGGCGGCGAAUCCACCCAGCACCCUGAGCUUCAGCGAGGACGGGGUGAGGAAGCUCCCGCAGGCCAUCAUCAUCGGGGUGAAGAAAGGAGGCACCCGGGCUCUGCUCGAGUUUGUCCGGGUACACCCGGACAUCAGGGCCGUGGGCGAAGAGCCGCACUUCUUCGACCGACACUAUGACAAGGGCCUGCGCUGGUACAGAAACCUGAUGCCGAAAACACUCGAUGGGCAAGUCACCAUGGAGAAAACCCCUAGUUAUUUUGUCACCAAGGAAUCAGCUGCCAGAAUCUAUGCAAUGUCGAAGGAUGCCAAACUGAUACUGGUGGUUCGGGAUCCUGUCACCCGAGCUAUCUCUGACUACACACAAGCUCUCUCAAAGAAACCCAACAUACCCAGUUUUGAGAGUUUGGUCUUCAAAAACAGGACUUCGGGGUUAAUUGAUACCUCCUGGAAUGCUAUCCAGAUUGGUAUUUAUGCCAAGCACCUGGAGAAUUGGCUUCUAUAUUUCCCAAUGGGACAAAUCUUGUUUGUGAGUGGCGAGAGGCUAAUCAAUGACCCAGCCAGAGAACUGGGCAAAGUACAAGACUUCCUGGGUCUGAAGAGGAUCAUCACAGACAAACAUUUUUACUUCAACAAGACAAAGGGCUUCCUCUGCUUGAAGAAGCCUGAGGGGAGCAGUAAGCCCCAUUGCCUGGGCAAGACCAAGGGCAGAACUCAUCCCAACAUUGAUCCAGAGGUCAUUCGAAGGCUGAGAGACUUCUACAGGCCUUUCAACAUGAAGUUUUACCAAAUGACAGGACAGAACUUUGGCUGGGAUAACUGAAAUGUUAAAAAUGUAAGAUAUUCACCACAGGACUAUAAAUAAUAAAAUAAUUGGAAAAAAAUGAGAGAUAUUCUGAUAAAUUUAAGCAGAAAUCUGUUGCAAGCGAGGAUGCUUUAUCCCUUUGUUCAAAGGUCGAUUUUUCCUGAAUUAUUUAUUUAAACCAAUAGUCACAUAUUAAACGAGAAUAUAGAAUGAGCAAUUUAGACCUUUGCAUUAAGAGUUCAGUUUAACAUAAUUAUUUAGAGGUUUAGACAUUUAUCUCAAAACUACCAAAAUCUUGUUAUUUUUACAGAAUUGCAAAUUCUUUGUGUUACUUUAAUAUUUUAUUCACAGAUUUCUUUACCUAAGGGUGCUACUUCUGUACCGGAUUAUUUCUUUUACCUCAUUUAUGAGUUUUUAAAAAGCACACAUUUAAUAAAAUUUACGGGUAUUUA